GGGGGUGUGUGUGUAGGGGGGUUGUUAAAAAAUAAAUAUAAGAGGGCGGCCAUCUUUGUUGCUUUCUGCCUAGUGUAAAAUCCCCCCCCCCCUCGAUUUGAAUAUUAAAUAAACAGCACGAUACAUUUUUGGUUUUUUUUAGUUGGUCUUUUUUUGUUGUUGUUGUUGUUUUGCGCACAAGGACGGGAUCCCGAUGAGAGGACUAUCAUGUCCUAUCCACCGCGGCGGGCCUUUGAGGAAGACGAGAGCACGGCGCUUCAUUCCGAGGGAGGAGAUUUUGACGAAGCAGGAGACGGCGGCGGCGACGGCAACGGCGGCGACGGCAGCGGAGACUUAUUAGACGCGAGAAGCGACAUCAACUCGCCGGCGGCGCUUCGGCAAACUGCAGCCAGCCCAGAGGAAGAAGCGGACACGUCUGACCGGGAGGUCCCGUGUCGAAAGAAAGGACGUCCAAAGAAAAAGAAGGAUGGCAAGAAGAAGGGGAAAGAGGGCGACGGCGCCAGGCCGGAAAAAGAGGGCGACGGCGCCAAGGAGCUCGACAGCGAUGUAGACCCGGACUCGCCGGCGGACCAGGACUCGGGCGACCGCUCGGACUGCGGCGAGAAAAGGAGGAGGAGGAAGAAGCACCAAGAAAAGAAGGAGAAGAAAAGCAAGAGGAAGAAAAGCAAUGACGAGGACCGAGGCAGAGCUCAAGAGGAGACCGCCCGGCCCGCCGAGCACAAGACCUCCGCCCGGCUGGCCGAGGAGUGGGGCCUGGAGGACGUGGAUCACACCUUCAGCGAGGAGGACUACAGGCAGCUCACCAACUACAAGGCCUUCAGUCAGUUUAUGAGGCCCAUGAUCGCCAAGAAGAACCCCAAGAUUCCCAUGUCCAAAAUGAUGACUGUCCUGGGGGCCAAAUGGCGGGAGUUCAGUUUCAACAACCCCUUCAAAGGCGACGCCGCCGUGGCCGCCGUGGCCGCCGCAGCAGCCGCCGCCGAGCAGGUCUCCGCCGCCAGUGCCGCCGCCGUCUCGGCGCCAGUGCCGCCGCCUGUCCGCAAGGCUAAGACCAAAGAAGGCAAAGGGCCGGGCUACAAGAAGCGCAGCAAAAGUCCUCGAGUCCCCGACAGGAAAAAAACAAAGGCCAAAAAGAUGGCGCCCGUUGGGCUCAAACCUUCGCCGGCGUGUGCCAAGAGGAAGAGGAGCUGCUCGAGCGACGAACCGGACGAAGAAGAGUCGGAGCGCCAAGACGUCCACGGCUCGGACGGCUCCGGACGGCUGAAAAAGAGCAAGCGCGGGCGGCCGGCCAAGAAGGAGAAGAAAAGUGAGGAAGACGCCGACGGUUACGAGACGGACCACCAGGACUACUGCGAGGUGUGCCAGCAAGGCGGCGAGAUCAUCCUGUGCGACACCUGCCCGCGAGCCUACCACCUGGUGUGCCUAGAGCCCGAGCUGGAGAAGGCUCCCGAGGGCAGGUGGAGCUGCCCUCACUGCGAAAAAGAAGGCAUCCAGUGGGAGGCCAAAUACGAAGACUUUGAGGACGCGGCAGAGAAGAGCAUGUCGGGGGCGGGGGCGGAGGACCACCACCACCACCACCACAACGAGCACAUGGAGUUCUGCCGGGUGUGUAAAGACGGAGGCAAGCUGCUGUGCUGCGACACCUGCACCUCCUCCUACCACGUCCGCUGCCUGAACCCGCCGCUGCCCGACAUCCCCAACGGACAGUGGUUGUGUCCGCGAUGCACGUGCCCACCCGUCAAAGGACGCGUGCAAAAGAUCCUCCACUGGCGGUGGGGGGAGCCCCCGCCUGCGGUCCCCGCGGCGCCUGCGGUCCCCGCGGCGCCGGACGCAGCGCACGACCAGCCGCUACUGGCAAAGGGGCGAGCCGAGCGGGAGUUCUUGGUCAAGCUGGUCGGACGGUCCUACUGGCACUGCGCCUGGAUCACUGAGCUGCAGUUGGAGAUCUUCCACUCGGUGAUGUACCGAAACUACCAGAGGAAGACGGACAUGGACGAGCCGCCCGCUUUGGACUACGGCUCCGGCGGCGAGGACGAGAGCGGGGCGGCCAACGGCGACAAGCGGCGCUCCGAGGACCCCGGGUACGCCGUCAUGGAAGACAAGUUCUACAAAUACGGCAUCAAGCCCGAGUGGCUGCUGAUCCAUCGCAUCAUCAACCACAGUCUGGACAAAAAGGGCGCGUACCACUACCUGGUCAAGUGGAGAGACCUGACCUACGACCAGUGCACCUGGGAGCAAGACGCCACCGACAUCCCCGACUUUGCCGUCUACAAAGCCAACUACUGGAGACACAGGGACGCCGUCACCGAGCGAGACCCCCAGCGACCUCGCAGGAUGAGGAGCAAGAGUCAAGAGGGCCCGGACCCGCCUUCGCCCGCUUGGCCCGUCACCGACCCGACGAUCAAAUACGAGGAGCAGCCCGACUUUGUGACGUCGAUGGGCGGCACGCUGCAUCUCUACCAGAUGGAGGGUCUGAACUGGCUUCGCUUUUCCUGGGCUCAGGGCACCGAUACCAUCCUGGCCGACGAGAUGGGUCUGGGCAAGACCAUCCAGACCAUCGUCUUCCUCUAUUCGCUCUUCAAAGAGGGUCACACCAAGGGUCCGUUCCUGGUCAGCGCCCCGCUCUCCACCAUCAUCAAUUGGGAGCGCGAGUUUGAGAUGUGGGCGCCCGACUUCUACGUGGUCACCUACACGGGCGACAAGGACAGCCGAGCCAUCAUCCGGGAAAACGAGUUCUCCUUUGACGACUCGCUGAUGAUGAAAGGCGGCGGCAAGAAGGCCUUCAAGAUGAAGAGAGAGACGCCGAUCAAGUUCCACGUGCUGCUGACCUCCUACGAGCUUGUGACCAUCGACCAGACGGCGCUCAAGUCCAUCGACUGGGCCUGCCUGGUGGUGGACGAGGCUCACCGUCUGAAAAAUAAUCAGUCCAAGUUUUUCCGGCGCCUGAACGACUACAAGAUUGACCACAAGCUGCUGCUGACGGGAACGCCGCUCCAGAACAACCUGGAGGAGCUUUUCCACCUGCUCAAUUUCCUCACACCCAACCGCUUCAACAACCUGGAAGGCUUCCUGGAGGAGUUUGCCGACAUCUCCAAGGAGGACCAGAUCAAGAAACUGCACGACCUGCUGGGCCCUCACAUGCUGCGGCGGCUCAAGGCCGACGUCUUCAAGAACAUGCCCGCCAAGACCGAGCUGAUUGUGCGAGUGGAGCUCAGCCCCAUGCAGAAAAAGUACUACAAGCUGAUUCUAACCAAGAACUUUGAGGCUCUGAACUCAAAAGGCGGAGGGAACCAGGUCUCCCUGCUCAACAUCAUGAUGGACCUGAAGAAGUGCUGCAACCAUCCCUACCUCUUCCCCGUGGCCUCCAUGGAGGCCCAGAAAACGGCCAGCGGCGCUUACGAGGGCUCGGCGCUCACCAAGGCUUCCGGGAAACUCACGCUGUUGCAGAAGAUGCUGCGCAAGCUGAAGGAGCAGGGACACCGAGUGCUGGUCUUCUCGCAGAUGACCAAAAUGCUGGACUUGCUGGAGGACUUCCUGGAUUACGAAGGCUACAAGUACGAGAGGAUCGACGGCGGCAUCACCGGGGCGCUCAGGCAGGAAGCCAUUGACCGCUUCAAUGCUCCCGGCGCUUGUCAGUUUUGCUUCCUGCUGUCCACCCGAGCCGGAGGCCUGGGCAUCAACUUGGCCACGGCCGACACCGUCGUCAUCUUUGACUCGGACUGGAACCCCCACAAUGACAUUCAGGCCUUCAGUCGGGCUCACCGCAUCGGGCAGGCCAACAAGGUGAUGAUCUACCGCUUUGUGACGCGAGGCAGCGUGGAGGAGCGCAUCACACAGGUGGCCAAGAGGAAGAUGAUGCUGACCCAUCUGGUGGUCCGGCCCGGCCUGGGCUCCAAAGCCGGCUCCAUGACCAAGCAGGAACUGGACGACAUCCUCAAGUUUGGAACCGAGGAGCUCUUCAAAGACAAGGGAGAAGGUAUGAAGAGCUCGUCGGGGGAUAAAGUUGAAGACGAGGGCAACGUGAUCCACUACGACAGCGUUGCCAUCGAGAGGCUGCUGGACCGAAGCCAGGACGCCACCGACGACUCGGACGUCCACAACAUGAACGAGUACCUGAGCUCCUUCAAAGUGGCCCGCUACAUGGUCCGAGAGGAGGACAAGAUGGACGAGAUGGAGCGAGAGAUCAUCAAGCAGGAGGAGAACGUAGAUCCGGACUACUGGGAGAAGCUGUUGCGCCACCACUACGAGCAGCAGCAGGAGGACCUGGCCAGCAAACUGGGCAAAGGCAAGCGCAACCGCAAGCCCGUCAACUACAACGACGCCGCGCAGGAAGAUCAGGAGUGGCACGCUGACAUUUCCGACAACCAGUCCGAGUAUUCCGUGGGCUCCGAGGAGGAGGACGAGGACUUUGACGAGCGUCCCGAAGGCCGGAGACAAUCCCGCCGCCAGUUGAGGAACGAGAAGGACAAACCGCUCCCUCCUCUUCUGGCCAGAGUGGGCGGCAACUUGGAGGUUCUGGGCUUCAACACACGCCAGCGGAAGGCUUUUGUCAACGCCGUGAUGCGCUGGGGGAUGCCGUCUCAGGACGCCUUCUCCUCUCAGUGGCUGGUCAGGGACCUCCGAGGCAAGAGCGAGAAGGAAUUCAAGGCGUACGUGUCGCUCUUCAUGCGUCAUUUGUGCGAGCCGGUGGCCGACGGGGCCGAGACGUUCGCCGACGGCGUCCCCAGGGAAGGCCUGUGUCGGCAGCCGGUCCUCACGCGCAUCGGCGUCAUGUCGCUCGUCAAGAAGAAGAUUCAGGAAUUCGAGCACAUCAACGGGCGCUGGAGUCUUCCGGAGCUCAAGCCCGACGUCAGACCGGACAGACCCCCCUCCAGGGCGUCGUCCCCCGGCGGCGCCGAAACGGCCAGCCCCGACGCCAGCUACGGCAACACGCCGUGCGCCUCCAAGCCAGCGACGCCCGUGCCGACAGACAAGGACGACGGCGGCGGCGGCGGCGAGAAGGACCAGGAUGACGGGGAAGAGCUUUGCGCAGUGCAAAGCGUGGGUCCCGCCAGUCCCAAAACAGAGGACAACCCUUCAUGUACGGAGGAGAAAGAAGAGGAGGAGAACGAGCAAGCGAGCAGCGCCUGGCCGCAGGAGAGCAAUUGGCCAGACAAGAGCGUUCCAACAACCCAGCGUGACGGGAAGGCGCAAGGUGGCAGAGCGGAUGGCCAAAAGGUGGAUGAGGAGCGGCAAAAAGACGCGGCCAAGCCGGAAGCGGCCCAGGAGCCCGCCCAAACCAAGAAAGAGGAGAUGCAAAUCGAAAAGGAUGCCGCCACCGCCGCUGGCAAAGAAGUGCGAGAGGUGAAGGCGGAGCUGGCUAAGCUGCCUGUGGAGCGACCUCGCUUCAUGUUUAACAUUGCUGACGGCGGCUUUACCGAGUUGCACACUCUUUGGCAGAACGAAGAGCGGGCCGCUAUCUCCUCGGGAAAGAUGAGCGAUAUCUGGCACCGCCGCCACGAUUUCUGGCUCCUGGCAGGAAUCGGCGUCCACGGCUACGCUCGGUGGCAGGACAUCCAAAACGACCCGCCGUUCGCCGUCGUCAACGAGCCCUUUAAGUCGCAGGCCAACAAAGGCAACUUCCUGGAAAUGAAGAACAAGUUCCUGGCUCGCCGCUUCAAGCUGCUGGAGCAGGCGCUGGUCAUCGAGGAGCAGCUGCGGCGGGCGGCCUACCUGAACAUGACGCAGGAGCCCAGCCACCCGGCCAUGGCGCUCAACGCCCGCUUCGCCGAGGUGGAGUGCCUGGCCGAGGCGCACCAGCACCUCAGCGAGGAGUCGCUGGCGGGCAGCAAGCCGGCCAACGCCGUCCUGCACAAAGUGCUCAACCAGCUGGAGGAGCUGCUGAGCGACAUGAAGGCCGACGUGACCCGGCUGCCGGCCGCGCUGUCCCGAGUGGCGCCCGUCGCCGCGCGCCUGCAAAUGUCGGAGAGGAGCAUCCUCAGCCGGCUGGCCAGCAAGGGCACGGAGACGCAGGCGCCCCCGCCUGUCCCUCCCGGACCCUACGCCACCCCUCAGCACUACGGCGCCCCCUAUGCUCCGGGGCCAAUGGGCGGGGCCAACUACAGUCAGAUGCCGCCCGGGUCCUUCAUAUCAGACAUUCCUAUGUGCACGAAACGCAGAUGCCGAGGCUCCCAUGGUGCUCGCCAGCCGUCCCGCAUCUCGUCAGGCUCCCCAAACCUGUCAGGCCUUCCUCACCUGGGAGAGAGCAUAAGCUGCUUGGGGGCCGGCCGGCACCGGCGCGUGCCAGAAGACCAAGGAGCACGAUGUGGUGCAGCGCCAGCGGGUGGUGGACCUGUGGAAGGACGGCAAGUCGGAGGGGGCCAUCGGCCUGGAGCUGCGCAUGCCCAAGUCCACGGUGCACAGCAUCAUCGUCAAGUAUCGCCUCAGUAACACGGUGGAGAACCUGCCGCGCAACGGUCGCCCCAAAAAACCCUGAGCGAAGCCAGGACUGUGCCAGGCGCCGGCCGGGACCGUGCCUUGUGGAAUACCCAAGCAGAGAGAGACGACUUGCAUGGGGGGGAGGGGGGAAACUACUCUGAGAAGACUGAAGGUUAAUCCAGUGGCAGGUUGUCAGGAAUUCAGAGCUGCAUAUAAAUCCCUGAUUUCCUCAGGUUUUUAAAGACAAACACACUUUUGGAAAAAAAAAAGAGUUCCCCGAGGAUCAAUUCUUCAUCCGCCGGCAGACUCAAAGAGCCUUUCUCCUCGCUUUGACCCCAUCCUCCCUCAUUCCUGCGCAGUCUUCCAUCUGGACACGCUCGCUGGAGUUCUGUCUGGAGCCCGCACAGAUUCUGGCAGAGACCUCGCCGUAUCUGCGACGGUGAUCCGGGAAGGGUUAGGGGAGCCCCGUGAACACCACACUCCAUUCUCUUUUGGGCGACAAAAGGUGCCGCGGAUGCUUUUGCUUCAUUAAAAGGAAGCUGUGCGUCC